UGUCUCGACCAACUUGAUUCACCCAAUCUAUGUCCUUCUCCUUGCCACCCUUCCCCCACCUUCUUUAUAGGGCCUCUGCCCCUUCCCUCUUCAGUCCUGACGAAGGGUUCCGGCCCGAAAAGUUGACUGAUCAUUUCCACGGAUGCUGCCCGACCUCUGAGUUCCUCCAGUGUGUUUACUGGAUUAAUGAAUACACCUCAUCGUUGGGAAUUGGGGUCUUCCACUCAGGCAUUGAAAUUUAUGGCAGAGAGUUUGCAUAUGGAGGCCAUCCCUAUCCAUUUUCAGGAAUAUUUGAAAUCACUCCAGGAGAUUCAACUGAACUUGGUGAAACAUUUAAAUUUAAACAAGCCAUUGUAAUGGGCAGCACUGACUUCACAGAAGAUGAUGUAGAACGCAUUGUUGAAGAGCUUGGAAAAGAAUACAAGGGAAAUGCUUAUCAUCUAAUGCACAAAAAUUGUAACCAUUUUUCAUCAGCUAUAUCAGAGAUCCUGUGCGGGAAAGAGAUCCCUCGGUGGGUCAAUCGGUUGGCUCACUUCAGUUCGUGCAUUCCAUUCCUGCAGAGCUGCUUGCCGAAAGAAUGGCUGACACCAGCUGCCCUCCAGACCAGCGUGAGCCACGAGCUGCAGGAGGAGCUCGAGGAGGCAGAAGAGGCAGUGGCUUCAACGGCUUCAGGAUCUACAUCUAAGUCAACGUUAGUGAGGCCAGGACACCAUACCAAACUGUGAUCCUGCACAGUGACUCAAGAACUGACUUCUUGUAGACUUGCAACUGACCUUUUAUUUUUAAGAAAAGAAACUAUUUGCAAUUGUUAGGAACUGUGCUGCAGGUUGCUGAAUGUUCUGGGGUUUUGUUUUACAUUUUCUCAAGUGUUUUACCUAGAAUCAACUGUUUUUGUUUUUGUAGCUUUUGUUCUGUGUGUGUGUGUGUGUGUGUGAGAGAGAGAGAGAACGCGCGUGCAAAGGACACACACCACUUUCUGAGGCUUGAAGAGGGGUCACUGCAAAGAACUUACAUUGUAAGGUUCAUAUGACAGUAUUUUGGAUAAUUGUUUACAAUGUCCCAUGUUGCUAAAACUGGGAUCAACACUAAUGCCCAGUAGUAGUGAUUUUAUCUUUUUAAGCAAUCUUUGAAGUGGACUGGUACAGUAAUGAAACUGUUCAUUUGCUGGGGUAUAUUCAAUGGCUUUUUUUGCAUAAUUUUCAAUCCCACACACUCCAUGAUUAAAAUAGAAAACAGUUGCUAGACUUUCCAAGUGUUCUUUAUUUUAAAAAUACUUCUAUUUAUAAAACAAAAAUCUUUUUAAAAGCUUCCAAAACUGUACCAGUCUACAAAAUGCAAAGUUAAAAUGUUGCUGGACACAAUCUAAAACAUAGUGAGCAAUAAGCUUUUCACCAGCAUUUUCUGAACAAGGAACUUGUUUUUUUUCUUAAAAUGAAAUAAUUAGUGUUCUUGGGGCAAAGAAUACAAGACCUCUUCAACUGCAUUGGACAGUAAGUCGAACUAACCAAAACUACCUGGCAUACCAUGAGGAUGCCCCAUUCAAGUGGUAUUGUACAUUGUCUUUUUAAACUUUAACAUUAGCAGUUGCAUCUGAAGAAUUUUUUAAAAUCUUGAAACUCUAUAGUUAAUUACAUUCUAGGAGAAAUUAGCACUUUAAGAUGUAUACUUAGACUAUUGUGAAUCAUGCAAUUUGAAACAAUUUUUUUUAAAGAAUGGAAUCAUUUUGACUCUUGGGAUUUUGUGAUGUAAGUUUUCCCUCCAGAAGUGAUUUACUGUAUUCUUAGGUGGUGUUUUGGUCUGUUCCAGCCAGCUCAGCAUAAAUAAUGUAACCAUCUCAAACUGGUCCAAACCCUUAUUCCUUUAUUUUAGUUUUGUCUCAGCAACCCUUAACAAGUUGUCCUUGCAGUUGAUACUUUACACUGUUGUGUGCCUUAGAAAUUUUCUACAGACUAUCUUAAACUUGUACAAGGUUACUUAAAGAGGCAUUGUGAUCUGUGCUUGUACAUAAAUCCUCCUUGGGUACCAUGCUAAUCAGAACUUGUUAGUCAGCCCACAGAUAAGUAACGAAAGCAUAAUAAGCUGGUUUUUAUUCAAAUACAUUUGAUAUUAUACAUAAACAGUAAUAUUACCAAGUCUUUUACAUCUUUUACUGUUAACAUUGUGACACUAGUUGGAGCUGAUAUAAUUUUGAUUGAAGUUGAUUCCUAAAUCUAAUUGUGCUUCAAAUAGGAGCUCUUGACACCCUGCCAAGGAUUAUGUUGCUGUUUUAGUAGUAUUCCUAACACUGCCUGACUCUUGCUGGCAACACAACUGCUGUCAGGAUCAUUUGCCAUUGUUGUUUAUGUAAGCAUAAAGUUAAUUCCAGUCCAGUGUUUGUUCUCCCUUUCUCUUGUUGCUUCUGUCUGAGAGGUGGCUCAAGGACAGAUGAAUUCAAAUCUGCCCACCCUUCUGAGUUUUGUUGCUUGAAGUCGUAAGAAAUAAUUUGGCAGCAUGCAUUACUGAAGAAUAAUAAGCAUUAUGAGGCUGCUACUUGGUUCAUUUCUGUAAGCAGAUUUGUGGUUGCCCUAUUCUCUGAAAUUGUUCUCAAAAACUUGUACAAUCCCACUGACUCUAAGGUGGAGCACUUCCUUACUGAGCAAGAGUUGUGGGUAUUAAUAGCAGUCAUUAUUCAUUGUGUAAAGGUUGUGCAAGCCUGCACAGCAUCAUCUCUUAGUCAAUCCAGAGCAUACGCACUCAAUUGCCAGGGUACAUCUGUGAGGUGCCUUUUAAUUAUGAUAUAGGGUACUAUUGAUAAUCCAGGUCAAUUCAUCCAAAAUACCUCAUCCAAAAUGUGUUUUCCACUCCAGUAGCUGUAAGGUUUGAUCCAGUUAAAUAUUCCAUUAAAAUAUGUAGGUAGUAAGCCCUUUACUAUUCCAAACCUUGCAUACUUUAAAAGUAAUUCUUGUACUUUAUUUUUUGAAUAAAUGAUGUGAUGGCAACAUUAAAGAAUUGUUUAUUGUAAAACUUGGUUGUUUUUUAAGUGUGUUUUAGUUUUAGGAAUUCAGUUUCUCACACCCAUAAUCUACAUCUAGUUAUUUGUUCCAUCACUUCUACUUUCAUUAAGCAAUAUUAAUACAAGCCAUCUUCCAAUCCUGUGGCAUUACAUUUAUAAGCAAAAUGGAUUAGAGAUAAUAGAGUCUAU